AUGCAAGAUAAAAUGAGAGGAGGAGGAAGCACUUACCAGAAAAAAGGACAAGGGGAAUCGGGAGAAAAAAAGAAAACUAGACAGACGGAUCCAUGCUUCAUCUGCAAAGAAAUAGGGCAUUGGGCCCCAGAUUGCCCCAAGAAAGAUUUGUGUUACAAGUGCGGGAAAUUUGGGCAUUGGGCUAAUCAGUGUAAAGAGAAUGAGGAGGAUCAACAAUUUGUCAAAGAAAUACAAAAACUGGAGAAAAAGCCUCAAGAACCCAAGAUUUCAGGGACCCACCAGACCAAACCUUUAGUGAAAGUAGGAGACAAAAAAGAGAAAAAGGAAGACAACAGAGAGAUUCCAGGCCCCAGUACUACACAGAAGAGAAAACUAUCCCUGAUGACCGAUAAGGCACAGAAGAAGAAGAAGUAA